CUGCUCCGUCUCUCUUCUCCAUCCAUCUCAGCUAUUCUUGAUACCCCCCCUUAUUUUCUUCUUCUAGCGCACGCAAUUCGCAAUCAUGGGCUACACAGAGGUUGACCAGAAGGCCAUCAACACCAUCCGCCUGCUUGCGGUUGAUGCGACCUUCAAGAGCAACUCGGGACAUCCCGGUGCUCCCAUGGGCAUGGCUCCCAUUGCCCACGUUCUCUGGGACAAGUUCAUGAAGUUCAACCCCAAGAACCCCAAGUGGCUGAACCGCGACCGAUUCGUCCUCUCCAACGGCCACGGCUGCAUGCUCCAGUAUGCGCUCCUCCACCUGUUCGGCUAUGCCCUGACCAUCGAUGACCUCAAGGCUUUCCGAACUGUUGACAGCAUCACUCCUGGCCACCCCGAGUCUCACGAUACCCCCGGUAUCGAGGUCACCACCGGCCCUCUGGGUCAGGGUAUCUGCAAUGCCGUCGGCUUGGCCAUGGCCCAGGCCCACACCGCCGCCGUCUUCAACAAGCCCGGCUUCACUCUCACUGACAACUACACCUACUGCUUCCUCGGCGAUGGCUGCUUGAUGGAGGGUGUUUCCGGCGAGGCCUGCUCCCUGGCUGGCCACCUCCAGCUGGGCAACCUCAUCGCCAUCUACGACGACAACCACAUUUCCAUUGACGGUGACACCAACGUCGCCUUCACUGAGGAUGUUGCCAAGCGCUACGAGGCUUACGGCUGGCACGUCGUCGUCGUCGAAAACGGCGACCACGACCUCCAGGCCAUGGAAGACGCCAUCAAGCAGUGCCAGGCUGUCAAGGACAAGCCCUCAAUCAUCAAGCUGCGAACCACCAUUGGUUUCGGCUCCCUCCAGGAGGGCACCCACGGUGUUCACGGCUCUCCCCUCAAGGCCGACGACAUCAAGCAGCUCAAGACCAAGUUCGGCUUCAACCCCGAGGAGACCUUUGUCGUCCCCAAGGAGGUCUCCGACCUGUACGCCAGACACUCUGCCGAGGGCGCUGCCCGCGAGGAGGAGUGGAACAAGCUGUUCGCCAAGUACGCCAAGGAGUACCCCUCAGAGGCUGCUGACCUUGAGCGCCGCCUGAAGGGCGAGCUGCCCCAGGACUGGGAGAAGCACCUGCCCGUCUACACCCCCGGCGACGCCGCCAUUGCCAGCCGAAAGCUGUCCGAGACUGUUCUCAGCAAGCUCGAGGGUAUCCUGCCCGAGCUUGUCGGUGGAUCUGCCGAUCUGACUGGCUCCAACCUUACCCGCUGGAAGGAGGCUGUUGACUUCCAGCCCAAGGCCACCGGCCUCGGUGACUACUCCGGACGAUACAUCCGCUACGGUGUCCGUGAGCACGGUAUGGGUGCCAUCAUGAACGGUCUGGCCGCCUACGGAACCAUCAUUCCCUACGGUGGUACUUUCCUCAACUUUGUCUCCUACGCUGCCGGUGCCGUCCGCCUGUCUGCCCUGUCUCGCAUCCGCGCCAUCUGGGUUGCCACCCACGACUCCAUCGGUCUGGGCGAGGACGGCCCUACUCACCAGCCUAUCGAGACUCUGGCUCACUUCCGUGCUCUGCCCAACUGCAUGGUCUGGCGCCCCGCUGACGGCAACGAGACCAGCGCCGCCUACUACAUUGCGCUGACCUCCAAGCACACCCCCAGCAUUAUUGCCCUCUCCCGACAGAACCUGCCCCAGCUCGAGGGCUCAGUCAUCGAGAAGUCCAUCAAGGGCGGUUACGUCCUGCAGGAGGUCGAGGGUGCCCAGGUCACCCUGGUCUCCACCGGUUCCGAGGUUGGCAUCGCAGUGGAUGCCGCCAAGCUGCUCCUGGAGAAGCACAACGUCAAGGCCCGAAUUGUCUCCAUGCCUUGCUUCGAGGUCUUUGACACCCAGUCCAAGGAGUACAGACUCUCUGUCCUGCCCGACGGCAUUCCCUCUCUGUCUAUUGAGGUCAUGAGCACCAUGGGCUGGGAGAGAUAUACUCACGAGCAGUUUGGUCUCAACCGAUUCGGUGCCUCUGGUGCCUACAAGGAUGUCUACAAGAAGUUCGAGUUCACCCCCGAGGGCAUCGCCAAGCGCGCUCUCCUUACCAUCGACUUCUGGAAGGACGUCCCCAACGUUCGAUCCCCCAUCAACCGUGCUUUCCAGCAGCUCAUCUAAAUUUAAACAUCUGAGGGAAAAGACCGUAAAUAAAGGGUUUGAUCUUGCAGAAUAUAAAAAAUGGUUACAUGAAAUAGGACACCAAAAAAAAAAAAAAAAAAAAACCCCUGAAAAGAAAUGAUGCUUGUUGUACAGCAAGCACAUGAUUUCACGUAGUGACGACUCUGGGCAUGGGAGUAUAGGAAAUGUUGAAGUUUUAUUUAUUUUCUUAUUCUUUAAUACAGUAAAAUAAAAACAAUAGAUGAAUAUUAAAAAAAAAAAGAAAAAGGAAAAUUGAGAUUUAACAUGAAGUCAAAAAAAAAAAAACUUAUGAUCUUGAGAGCUAAAAUAAAAGACUUGGUCCACCAAAUUAUACAGACGCUUUCUUUUUAAACGCCAUUAGAGCCAACAUGCCAACUUCAAGUUCUUUUGCAUUGUAUUACCCACCCCCCUCCAGCUGAUUCUGUGCGACGGUAAAAAGGGGAUAAACAAAAAAGAAGAAGAAAAGAAAAAAACAGGCUACUAGUACCAGUUCUUCUCAUUAGCUUGUGUAUGCUCAUCUUUAUGCGCCUCGCUCUAACAAAAAAUGCUGCUUUCCUGUAUUAUAUCGCUCAAGGUGCCUCUUGUUUCGUUUCCGUUUCCAUUCAUCAUUCUGUGUGCCGUCUAAAGCCACGACGCCGCCUGGUUCGGCCGUCGAAGCUUUUCGAAUGGGGACGCUGGGCGUUGUAUGGCCGCAGUAUGCCCACUCGAUGAUGCUUUCUUUCGAGUCAUUUCUUUUCUUUGUUUUGUUUUCUUUUUUUAAUUUGUUCAAGGUCACUCGUGGUUGCUGCUCCCCCCAUCAGCAUCUUGCUCCAGCCCCUGCGCCGUCCACUCCCUCUGAAACUCUCGACCAAUACGCUCCAGCCUCGCCGCAGCGCGCCUCGCCUCUUUCGCAUCGUCCGAUGUGGCAGCGACGACGACGCUGAUCAACGUGGGCGCCACGGAGUCGUCAGCGGUAGCGGGUCGUGCCGUGUCAGGCGUGCGAGUGCUGCUGCUGCUGUCAUCGUCGUCGGCCAUGUGCUCGUGCGAGUGCUCGUCCUUGUACUUGUAUUUUGAAAACGAGUCCGGCUCGGAGAUGUGAUCGGCGCCGCCACCGCCGGAUUCCCGGGGGUCGAGAUAGGACUGCAGGACGACGGCGCCCGAGUCCGGGUACUCGACCAUGAUGCGCUGCGGGCGGCCGAGGUUGGCGCGCUGGGCGGUGGUCUGGGAGGUGAUGGCGCUGGAGGUGAGUUUGGUGAGGGACUCGAGGUGGCUUUGCGACGACGACGACGUGAUGAGCGGGAUGAGGGUGAGGUCGGUGAGGUGCAGGGAGAGGGUGGGAUGCUGCGAGGGGAGGUUCGACAUGGUGUGAGAUGUGAGAGGCACGUUUGCUCAGUUCUUGGUGUUGUGUGUUUUAAUUUGCCUCUUGUGACCUCUCUCUCUCUAUUGUAUCUUUUAUGCGCGCAAAUGUCAGAUUUAUAGAGGCGAUUUUUUUUGGUCUUGCAGUUUGUUCUUUCUAAACGCCGGAAUCCCAGCUUCAAAGGAUGUGAUGGCAAAACAACGGAAGCCUGAUUUGGGAAUGUUGGCAAGUUUUCUGAUCCUGGGCGCCUUUUGUCUGUUUCUGGCCUCUGUCGUAUGGGGUGGGCGCUGAUGACGUCGGUGUAGCGGGUGUUUUUUGACUAUCGUGGUGUCAUGACUUGGAGCUCCAGCGCGCGUGCUCUGAUCAUUCCAAUCUAGCAGGGAAACGAAAACAAGGCGACAAAAAAAGAAAAUGGGAGCAACGAAAGGAAAGGAAAGGAAAGGGAACAAGAGAAAGAAAGAAGGAGAGAAGAAGAACAAAAGCAACGAGUCAACUGCGCUGAGGUAUAUUAAGAGGGGGGGGUUCCAUUCUCUCUCGCUCUCACUGCCUCUUCUC